AUGGCGGACAUUCGAGUUUCAAUCGACCGUGGGGGAACGUUCUGCGACGUCGUGGCGCAUAUCGACGGCCGGGAACCCAUCAUCUUCAAGCUCCUUUCUGAAGACCCUGCCAACUACCGUGAUGCGCCAACUGAGGCCAUCAGGCGGGUUCUCGAAAUUGUAGAAGGGAGGUCAAUACCGGCUGGCGAGAAGCUCGACGGCGGAAGAAUCUCUUCCUGCCGAAUCGGAACCACGAUAGCCACAAAUGCUUUACUGGAACAUAAAGGGGACCGAUUCGCAUUCGUGACAACUAAAGGUUUCAGGGAUAUCUGUGUUAUCGGAGACCAGUCUCGCCCCAAGCUCUUCGAUCUCAAUGUUCGUAAGCCCAAGGCACUGCAUGAUGCUGCUAUUGAGAUUGACGAGCGGGUGACGAUAGAGGAUUAUGACCUCAACCCAUGGCCUUUAGAUAAGACAGCAGCACUCUCGGAUCCCCAGGUUUUGGCAACGCCGAGCGGCGAACUCAUCAGAGUCCUGAAGAGAAUCGACCGAGAUCAAGUGAGUGAUCAGCUUAAGACGCUUCGGGAUCAGGGCUACUCAUCCAUCGCGAUUUGUCUCAUGCAUGCGCACUUAUUCCCUGAUCAUGAAAAUAUCGUUGCCGAACUGGCUAGGGAAGUCGGGUUUCACUACGUCACCACGUCAUCCGAAACUAGCCCGGUUGUUAAGCUGCUGAACCGAAGCAAUUCCACUUGUUCAGAGGCAUACUUGUACCCGAUUGUCAGAAGUUAUGUUGAGAACUUCGAAUCAGGCUUUCAGAUCCUGCCUCAACGAGUCGAGUUCAUGUGCUCUGAUGGCGGCUUGAAGCAAGCGCAGAAGUUCAGGGGUAAUGAGGCACUGCUAAGCGGACCUGCGGGUGGCGUCGUAGGCAUUGCACGAUCGUGUUACGACGAAGAGGAUGGCACACCAAUUAUCGGAUUUGACAUGGGUGGCACAUCUACUGAUGUGUCGAGGUAUGAUGGCAAAUACGAUCAUUUGACGGAGACAACUAUUGCGGGAAGGACAAUAUCCACGCCGAUGCUCAACAUCUCGACGGUGGCUGCCGGGGGUGGGUCUAUCUUAUUCGCACGCAGUGGGCUUCUCGUGGUCGGUCCAGAGAGUGCCGGUGCCCAUCCUGGUCCAGCCUGUUAUCGAAAAGGAGGGCCGCUGACUGUGACUGACGCCAACCUCUUUCUCGGCCGCCUGGUCGUAUCCUCAUUCCCUUCAAUAUUUGGACCUAAUGCCAAUGAAUCUCUCGAUCAAGAUAUCGUUGUUCGGAAAUUCCACGAGAUUACCGACGACAUUAACCGCCAGACUGGUCAAAGUCUGACACCUGAGGAAGUCGCUCUGGGCUUCUUGAACGUUGCCAAUGAAGCCAUGAGCCGGCCAAUCAGGAAUACCACCGAAGCGAGGGGUUAUGCCCCCGAAAGACAUAAUCUCGUCAGUUUCGGUGGAGCUGGUGGACAGCAUGCUUGUUCCAUAGCAGACAAGCUCGGCAUACGAAGAAUUCUCAUCCACAAGUGGUCGUCGUUGCUGUCGGCAUAUGGCAUCGCCCAAGCCCAGUUGCAGACUGAAAGUUAUGAGCCAUACGCGGGGAACUUCACGGUUGACAUCCUCGAUCCUAUCAGGGAGAGGCUGGCAAUCUUACGUGAGAAGGUUGCGGAAGAAUUGGUGUCGCAAGGAGCAAAGCGCGACACGCUGACCUAUGACGAGUCACUAGUCCUACGAUAUUUUGGUACCGACACUAGCAUUACGGUGUCGAAACCUGCCGACGAGAAUUAUGGAUCAGCAUUCAAGGCUAUCCACUUACGUGAGUUCGCGUUCACACUUAACCGAAACAUCGUCGUCGACUCGAUCAAGGUGCGAGGAACAGGCAGCGCAGGGUCUCUCUCAAGAGAGACUUCGCCACUACAAGAGCUGGCCUCCCUCGAAUCUUCGAUGACAAUACCGAAUGCGUCGUCAUUCGCAACUCAGAAGGUUUAUGUGGAGAACGGCUGGGCAGAUGCAGCAGUCUACCCACUCGACCACAUCGCCAAGGGAAGCAGGCUGGACGGACCAGCCCUGGUAAUCGACAAGACGCAGACCAUUUUUGUCGCCCCGGGCUUCAGAGGCUAUGUGCUGCAGAACCAUAUCGUCUUGGAAAAGAUCGAGGAGGAGAAGGCAGGAGGACUCUUGGCCGGGGUAUCGGCGGAUGUCAUCAGUCCGAUUCAGCUUUCAGUUUUCGCCCAUCGAUUCAUGUCGAUUGCUGAACAGAUGGGAAACACCUUGCAGCGAACAUCAAUAUCCACCAGCAUCAAAGAAAGGCUGGACUUCUCGUGCGCCAUAUUUUCGCCAGAUGGCAAGCUUGUUGCUAAUGCGCCACACAUUCCCAUCCACCUGGGAAGCAUGCAGUUUGCCAUUCAGUAUCAACAUCGUCUCUGGAAAGGAAAGCUUAAGCCUGGUGAUGUGCUACUCACGAACCACCCCCAGUGUGGCGGAACUCAUCUACCAGACCUCACGGUCGUCAGUCCCAUGUUUGUCGGAGAUAAGAUCGCGUUUUAUGUCGCGUCUCGGGGACAUCAUACGGAUAUCGGGGGAAAGGGCAUUACGUCCAUGAUGCCCGAAUCCAAAGAGCUGUGGGAGGAAGGGAUAAACAUCAAGUCACUGAAGAUCGUAAGCGGCGGCGACUUUCUGGAGGAUGACGUCAGGGCAGCGUUCGACAAAGCUGGGAGUUUCCCGGGAUGCAGUGCGACUCGCCGCAUCGGUGACAACAUUUCAGAUCUCAAGGCCCAAAUUUCUUCCAACCAACGAGGUACAAUCCUGCUUGGGAAGUUGUGCGACGAGUUCACUCUUCCCGUCGUCCACAUGUACAUGCAUGGUAUACAAGCAAACGCAGAAGUUGCCGUACGCGAAUUUUUCAAGCGCAUCGCAAAGGAGCACCCGGCGCCACUGACAGCGACGGACUACUUCGACGACGGAACACCCAUCAAGUUAAAAAUCUCCAUCGACGGAGAGACAGGCACGGCGACGUACGACUUCUCCGACACCGGGGCACAACAAUGGGGCAACUACAACUGCCCUAUUUCUAUCACCCACUCGGCCAUCAUCUACACCAUCCGCUGCCUAGUCGACAUCGAUAUCCCGCUCAACGAGGGCUGUCUGACCCCCGUCAAUAUUCUCGUACCCGCAGGCUCGAUCUUAAACCCAAGCCCCGCUGUAGCAGUCUGCGGCUCAACCCUCGCUAGCCAGCGCGUCGUCGACACCAUUUUCCGUGCUUUUGGCCGCUGCGCUGCCAGCCAGGGCUGCGCGAGCAGUUUUGGCUGGGGCAUGGGUGGGAAGGAUCCACUCACGGGCGAGGUGAAACCUGGAUGGAACUACGGCGAAUCCCUCGGCGGCGGUGUCGGCGCCGGCCCAACCUGGCACGGCGAGUCGGCCGUCAAUGUCCACUCGACUAACACGCGCAAUACGGACCCGGAAGUCAUCGAGAAGCGCACCGCCGUCCUCGUGACGGAGUACUCCAUCCGUCGCGGUAGCGGGGGCAAGGGGAAAUUUAACGGCGGUGAUGGGACAGUGAGGGAAAUUCAGGCGAGGAUGCCGCUCAAGUUUAGUAUUCUUAGCGACAGGCGGGUGUAUAGGCCGUAUGGCAUGAAUGGGGGUGGGGCGGCCGAGGCGGGCAGAAAUUAUGUGUUCAAGUACAACGAGGUAGGCGGGCUGGAGAGGAUUAACUUAGGGGGAAGGCGGUAGUUAAUCUGGAAAAGGGCGAGAUUAUGCAAAUAAAUACCCCUGGAGGUGGGGGAUGGGGAGUGCCGGAGGCGGACGCGCAUGGGAAUAGGGGAGGGGAGGGCGUACUUGAGGAG